AUGGCCAACACAGGCUAUACCUCCCCAUUUCCCACCUCACAUGACACCAUCGGGCAGUCAACAUUGGUGACCCCUCUCUUUAUGCCAUCCUCUCCUCCACAACACCCUUCUAGCCCGUUGGGAUCUCCGACAACCGCCCAAACCCCUGCAACUGCCCAGACUCCUGCAACCGAGCGUGUCGCAGCGCAACGUAGCAACCAAAGUCGCGACCACGCUAGUGACGAUGAAUACCAUUCCGACAAUGAAAUACAACAGGCUUCUCGACCUCCCUCUCCUGGAAGCCCAACAGGGUCAGAUCUCGAUGCGCGUCUUGCCGAUUAUACCUUGGAUUUUAGCAAUUUCCCGAGCGGCAAUUUUGCACUAGAUGGGCACGAGGAAACUCUGCCCCCUUUCCAUCAAGAUGUAGAUAAAUUAUCUGAUGUUGGGGGCCCGGAGGACUUUACUGCGAAUAUGGAAAAAUACCUGAUGGGCGAUCUGGAAGAUGAAGCGAACAAUGAAGAUGAAGCUGAAGUAGACUACGGAUCAGUACGACGAUCUUCCCGGAAGUCGAAGCAACCAGUGAUCGAAGAAGAAGCCGACUCGGGUGAAUACAGUGAAUUUGGACCGCCAGUGGACAUGUCAACCCCUUCACACCUAUUGCACCGGACAAGUGCUCCGCGCAAAGAUUCGACCCACCUGGAAGGUAUUGAGGAGUACCCUGAUGAUGAUGAAGCCCAGGAUUCUGCAUCCCCUUCUGCCCGAAAAUUGUCGGAUGCGUCCAGUCGUGCAUCAAAGGAGCAGAAUGAGGAUCUUCAAAAGCAGAUCGCACAACUACAGCAAUCAUUGAAGGAACGCGAUGACCAAUUACAGAAAAACCGCAAUCGUGUGCUCGAGGCUGUUUCUGCUGGUGAACAGAUCCGUCAUCUCCAGACCGAAUUACAGCGGAAGAAUGCUCUCCUAGAUGAGAUACAUGCCAAAGAUAGCGACGAGACAAUGCUGCGCGAGAAAGUCCAGUCGCUGCAAAAGAAAAAUGAAGAGCAUGAAAAUCUAUUACGCCAGUCGAGCAUGAAUACAACGGACCUCGGACCUCUUUUGAACCAAAUUCGUGAGAUGCAACAGCAGCUUCAAGACAGAGAUGCCCAAACCCCUUUGGACAAAGAGCGAUUGGAGACGAUUGCUCACCUGCGCCAGCAACUCAGCCUGUCCCAAGAACAGGUGCGAAAGCGUGAUGAAACUCUGGAUGAAACAUUUACCAAGCUUAAGGAAGUCACACGGGUCAAGGAUGCCCACAUACAAGAGAAAAACUCGGAGAUUGAUCAGCUCCAAGGGCAGAUCGAUGACUACGGGCUGGAGAACGAGAAGCUUGAGGCGGAACUAGAGCGUGCGCACAAUGACUACCAGGUCCUCGAGGAACGCUUUAUCGAUCUGGAAACUAAAAGUCGUCCUCUGGAAGAGAAGAACAGCACACUUGAAGCAAACCUCACCCGUGUUCAAUCCCAUAUGGAAGCCCAGGAGAGCGCCUUGAAAGCUGCUGCGGCUGAUCUACCUAUCGGUGGGCAUAGCACCUACAGCGAGAUUCUCGAUUUGAUCAAAGAUUUGGGCCCAGGGGAUCCCGCAUCCCCACUCCGCUCACCAUUGAAGGAGAAAUUUGUAGACGCCCAAGGUGUGCAUCAACUGCAACAACCAGACAUGCCAAGCAUUACAAGCCUUCAGCAAGAACUCCAGGAGUUAUCCGCCGCACACAAAGCCGCAAAUACCGAAGCAGCACGUCUACGUGAUCAGGCGACUGAAGCCCAGACCCUUAUCAAAACCAUCGAAACAGAGAAUUCGCGACUCUCCAAUCGGGUGAACGAGCUUACUACAGCCCUAGACAAGUCCAAGAACGACCUGAUGCAAUCACAAGAAGAGCAAGCCGAGUCCCUCGAGACCAUCGCCCGCUUGCAAGAAGACAAGAUCGCUGAAUCUCUUAGCCCACCUCUUUCGCCCCCAACAGCGCGCGGAGCUCUUAACUCGGAGCCAAGAGGGCCGGACACAGCAACCCUGGAGGCAAACCAUCAAAGCCAACUCCGCAGCCUGAACACUGCACACUCAACAGCAGUCUCAACGCUGCGCGCCUCGCACGCCGAGUCAAUGCGCAAAAUCCGCAAUCUCCUCACAGCCGCCGAGCAACGUGAAUCAAAUAUACGCUCGGAGCUUGAAACCCUCCGCACCUCAUCCGCCACCUCCGAAAACUACCUACGCAAGAGUUUCAAAACAGAACUCAGACGCCUGGAAUCCCUCAUCGCCGCAAAGGACGAAACCGCCGCCGAGGUCGACCAGCGCAUCGCUUUGUCGGUAGACAAGCGCGAGCGCGAGUGGGAGCGACGUAUCGACCUCCUCCUUAAGGAACGUGAUCGCAUGGCCAAGGCUUUGAUGAUGAGUUGGGGCGAGAAGGAGCUUGGUCGGGGGCCAGGACCUUUGGCUGAGGGCAAGGAGAACCGUCGUCGUGAUCGAGACCGUGAUGUGGAUGUCAAGAGUGGACAGGCUUAUCGCUACAAGUAUGCUCAGAAGCCGAAGUCUAAGAGCACGGAGCCUAGGGCUUAG